GUCAUAGGUGCGCAUCACUAUACUCACCAAUAUGGAAGUGAAACGUAUGUCAACUACUGCGCGACCAAACAACUAAGAAAUAAAUAACUCGAAAAUACAUUCUAUUAUUAAACUUGCUGGUUAUAAUGUCGAGUGUUGGCCGCGGGCGAGGGUACACCGGCCGGCAUCACCUGCGCGAGCAGCGCCCCGGCGACGCCGACGCAGACGCCGAAGCUGCCCGCACUCUGUCCGAGCUCAGUCCACGGUCUACCGACCCAGCUCGAGUAGAAGUUAAACGCGAAGAAGAGAUGGAGCCAGAUGCGGAGACCGUGGGAGAACAGAGGGAGAUGGACAAGCAGAGUCCCGUGGAAGAAGACAGCACGCUCAAGGAGUUGUUGAGGGUGGACGAGCAGUAUAUACCGUUGUUGACACUGCUUGAACAGUUCUCUCCCGGGGAAGACGGGAUCCAGUUCAACAGGAAGCUGCGACACUUCGAGACUACAGUCUCCUCGCUGUGUCCUGAUGAAGCCAGACUGCAACAAGCGUUCGCGACAUUCCGCGCGGCGGCGCUGCUGAGCCCGGUCACGGCCCGCAAGCUGGCGGCGGUGGGCGCGUCCUUCACGCGCCAGCAGCGCCAGCAGCUGCUGCGCGGGGCCCUGCUCAACGUCGUCAUGCAGGGGACCUUCUCCAAAUUGGACGUACUGGAGCGAUCGAACCCGUUGUUUCUGAUAAACGCAGCAAAUCUCAUGGGAGACUAUUUUGCAGAGGCCCGGCUGUGCAACGGCAACAAGGUGCACAUCCUGGCGGGCCCGCUGCUGCAGUACCUGCGCGCGCUGCUCGCCUCGCACGACACGCGCGCGCACAGGUCGCUCGCCACGCAGCUAAUGCAGAACGGUCGCGAGCUCCUGUCAGUCCUCGCUCAAGAGCUGGACGAGCUGUCCAUAUCCAUUCGCCUACGGCUGCUGUCCCCGCCGCCAGUCAGCACAAUCUGGCUGCUCCUGUCAGCUGAUCUCUGUCUCAACAAGUUCCUGCCGCUGCCCAACACGCUGCAACAGUUUUACGCGGCACACCUAGAACUAACCACAGAAGAAACAUUCAGUGAAGUCAACUACGGCUCCUGGAAAAAGAGCCCUGAAAAAGAAGAUUUCAGACCCGAAGCUAACGAUAUAGCUGAAAAAGUCAGCCAGAAUAUAUCACAGAUUAGUCUAAACAAUAAUGAUGAUGCUAAACCCAAGUUGAGGCCUAUUUUGGGCGCUGGCGCAGGCUUACUAAGACAAGAACAGGCCUUAUCCGUCAGUCAAGACAACUUCGAUACUUGGACAACCAAGACCCUCAACAAGAGGUAUGAUCUCAACUCCUGGAGGCAGCAAGAAGAAGAGAAGAAAGAGGAAAUUGAGUACAACCAGACAGUGUUGCCGCCGAACGUUCAAAAUUUCCCCGUACCAGAUUACCCACCUCCAAACAGAUUUAAUUAUCAAGAGAACUUCGUUAACUACCUGCAGCAAGGCGACGGUGCCUACAUACAAAACCAGUACACAAAUGUAAAUUUUAACCAACAGGGGGGUGAUUUCGUACAAAAUUUCCCCGAACGCAACCCUAUGGGUACGACCAACGCCGAACGGCCCAUAGAACGAGUCGCGGAACGCACACCAACAACCCCCAACAUGCCAGAACGUGUCAACAACGAAUUACAAAAGAACAGUAGCCGUCGCCCUGUCGAAAACUGGCGAAAAGAGAAACCAGAAAUCAAAGAGGAUUCAAACAGGAAUAGACAACGGAAUUGGACCCGUCAGAAAUCUAAAGACAACAUCAACGAUGAUGAUGAAUCCGAACGGUCUGCCUCCAAGAAUAGAGAGAGCAGAGGCAGGCUGAACAGGCGGAGUAGUGGGGAGGAGGAAGCUCCCACGAAGACCCCUCCGAGGAGACAUGUCACCGAGGUCCCAAGGAACACCAAGUACUGGGAUCAUGAUGACCGAUGCGAUAAGGACUAUAAUAGUUAGUGAACCAUUGUGGCGGUAGACGGUGAAUAGUGGAGUGGUCUUAACCUAUCUGUUGGGGAAAAUGUGGCCCAAUUGUGGGCAAAUGUGGGCUAAGUCUCUGUUUUAAAAGUGUGGCGUGAAGGUGUAUAGAGCCAUUUUGACCUAAGUUUGGGUUUCCUGUAACAAAUAAUCCUUUAUUAAUUAAUUCAAAUAGUUGAUUUAUUUUGAAUUGUAAAUUAACUUUUUAAAUAUGAUAUUUCAUCAUUCAGCUAGUUCAAUGAAAUAUUAUACCAGAAAAAAUAAAUUAAAAUGGAAAGCCACAAUAUUGCAGACCCAAAGCAAUAGCAAUAUUCGCACAAUUACUGCUGUCAAAAUGAUUACGUCUAAGAAUCGCUAUUUCGACAGCAGUAAUUGUUCAAAAUUUUGUAAAUUGCUAUUUGUUUUGCUUUUGCAACAUACAUAUUAAUUACUAAUCACCUUUGUUAAAAGAAAUAAUAUAUUUAAAGCGCUCUUAAAACCUUUUACCCUAUAUUUUUAACAACCCAUAAACAAGAUGAUGUCAAAUCUUUACAAUAAAGAUUUUAAACAACAGAUAGGUUUUAGAAACUGACCAUAGAUAAGUAUGAAAAGCGGUAUAUAUUUUUAUAUUGCUAGCUUAGGAAAUAACUAAACUAUUCACUUUUUUAACUAUCGUGUGACAAAAUGGACUUUCAUACCAAAUUUGGUACUUUAUAGUGAAAUUAAAAAGUGAUUUUUGACACUAGUGUUGUGACCGUAAUUGUGUGCAACUUGCAAGCCAGUUGGGAAAUUUUAGUGUUGUAUUGAAAGCAUGUAAUUUUAAUGGGAUUUAAAUUGUGGUUGCUUUGAUUCUGCUUUUUUAAGCUUUGACAGCUUAUGAAUAUAUAUUUUAAAACGA